UUUUUUUUUUCUUUCCUAGUUUUUUUUUGUUUUAAAAGAAUUUACUUUAAUAAGAUGGCGAUACAAGAGCAAUCAAUAACUUCUCCACCAUCACUUUUAUUUUUACAUCAACAAAAUGCACCUAUUUUAUUAACACCUGAAGGAUCCGUUCCUUCUAGUCCAACAUUAUCUACUGCUGUAGUUACACAUACAAACGCAACGACUCACCAUUUACAUACAAAUGACUCUACAACUGUUGAUUAUGUAGAGUUAACAAAAUUACUACAACAUGUAGCUUCAAGUAAUAAUAAUAAUAGUAAUAAAAAGAAUUUUACAGCAGUAAAGCAGUUAGCGCCAAAUUCAGUUACUUCAACUUCAAGUACAUCUUCUACAAAUUCUUCUAUCUCUUCUUUAAUUGUAGCAGCUGCAGCACCACCACCAGCAGCAAGGUCUUCUUUAGUUCAAAACAAUAGAUCCUCCCCUUGUUUAAAUCCAGUACCUUCUCAAUUUAUAUUCAAGAAACCACUUUAUAACCAGCAAUAUCUUCAAACCCAUUUCCAUCAUCAUCCCCCUCCUCUUUCUCUUUCUCCUCAUACAAUCACACCUACUCAUACACAGCAUCAACACACUAUAGAUCGAAACUCAAAAGAGAUAGCGUUCUUUGAUUUAAGAAGAUUUUUUAUUCAAUCACCAGUUACAUCUGAUUCAGAAGAACCAUUUUAUGGAAAUCAAUUUAAACAGAAUAUCUCAAAUAAAUAUGGUCAAUGGGGUCGAUAUAUUGGCAAAGGAGCAGGUGGAUCAGUUCGAUUAAUUAAACAGCACAACAAGACAUACGCAGUGAAACAAUUUCGUAAACGAUUCCCUAAUGAGACAGAGAAGGAUUAUAUCAAGAAAGUAACAGCCGAGUUCUGUAUAGGGUCUACUCUUCAACAUCCUAAUAUUAUCGAAGCUUUAGACCUUAUUCAAGAAGAGAAUGGAACUAGUUUCUAUGAAAUUAUGGAAUAUGCACCUAAUGAUAUGUUUAAUGUCGUAAUGAGCCGUAUGAUGUCUAGAGAAGAAAUUGCGUGUUGUUGGCGUCAAUUAUUAAACGGUGUCAAUUAUUUGCAUUCAAUAGGGAUUGCUCAUAGAGAUCUCAAGUUGGAUAACCUUGUCUUGGAUCAUAUGGGUAUACUUAAAAUUAUAGAUUUUGGUUGUUCAACUGUAUUUAAAUAUCCAUUUGAUAAUUCAAUUACGAUGACAAAAGGUGUUUUUGGUUCAGACCCUUAUAUUGCACCAGAACAAUACACACAAUCCUUAUAUGAUCCACGGUUAUCAGAUAUAUGGUCAUGUGGUAUCAUCUUUGUAUGUAUGAUAAUACAUAGAUUCCCUUGGAGAAUAUCAAAGAGUUCAGAUAUUGCCUUUAGAGCCUUUAUCACGAACCAAAAUCAACAAAAAUUCAGAUUAAUCAAAUGGCUCCCUCGAGAAUCUCGAUCUGUUAUGACAAGUAUACUCGAAGUCGAUCCUAGUCGUCGUUGGAGUGUACAAAAGAUUCUUCAAGAUAAUUGGGUGAAAGGAAUUGAUGUCUGUACUCCUGAUGAACCGGGUACUUGUCAUGUUCAUCAUGUCUCUGUCUUGGAUCAAAUAACCCAAGAGAGGCGGGGUAAUCUUGUUCUUAUCACCUCUGAGCCUCCUGGUGUUAUUGCUGAAAAGGAAAAGAAAAAACGUCAAUCUCAACUCAUUUCAUCACCUCAACGCCCUUCAUCAUCAUCCUUAUCGUCUCAGAGGCCCCAAAAGCAGAAUCAAAAAUAAAACCCUACCUAUACAUCUAUAUUUUAUUCAUUCUUAAAGAUAUAAAGAGAGAGAGAAGGAGGAUGAGUGAGAGAAGAGAAGAGGGAAAAAAAAUUUUUUUUUCUCUUAACAUAUACUCUUUCCUUCCUUCCUUCCUUCCUUUUUUUUUUUUUGUCAUAUUGCU